AGAAAGAGAGCAGACACACAGAACGCAGAAUACACUGACAUUUCGGCACCACAGUGAUCUGACUUACCAACACGAUAGAAAUCUCAGAAGAUACUGAUACUGAUACUGAUACUUAUACAAAAAGAGAGACCAGGGAUCUAAGUACAUCAAGACUCUGCUGGUUAAAUAGAAUGGAUUACGCCAAGAAGUCUCUCAAUCUGUUCUCACCUUCUCUUUCCAAUAUAUCUAACAAAUGUGUGGCAGCCAGCGCAUCUGUCCUGCCCAGUUUUAACCCACGCCCCAGACCGUUUCGGGUCACCAACUCAGACCGUUCUGUAAAAAAAGGCAUAAUGGCAGAUGGACUAAAAGACUUGCUGAACAAGACGAUGGAGAUGUUCAGUGUGUCCUGCGUGGCAGGCCUGGUGCUGGAUGAAGAUGGGACAGGAGUUGACACAGAAGACUUCUUCCAGACUCUCAAGAACAGCACUGCGCUAAUGGUUUUGGAGAAAGGACAGAAGUGGACACCUCAACAGAGUAGUCAAUUAUGGGGUCCAGCUGCAGAUCGCAAGACACAGCAUAGGAAGGACCUGGCCAAACUGACCCUCGAUUUUUACAAAAACCACCCAAAGGAAUUCAUCGGAUGCCUGAAUGUACAGAUGACUCUCUAUGGGAUGUACUCUCUGUCAUAUGAUCUGCAGUGUUACCAUGCAAAGCGAAUGUUUAGGGAGGCUCUAAGAUGGACUCUGUUCAGCAUGCAAGCCACUGGCCAUGUUUUACUGGGUACUUCAUACUAUAUGCAACACUUAAUUGAUGAGGAUGAGAAAGCUGAGACACAACUGACUGCUUCCAAACACAUAAACAAACCAUUACAGGCCAUUCAGUGGAAGAAAACAGCAGCUGACCACAAAAGCUAAAAACCUGGGAGUUUAAAUAGCUUGGUUUUUGCCCAGACAAAUGUCUUGGAAACCACUAUGGCAUCGGGUUACUUAUGUUACAGGAGUAUAAUUGCAGACACAUACAUACCACACUCUCUGACAAAGCAAAGGCUUUUACAAGAAGGAGUAAUCAAAAAUAGACUGUAUCGGUUAUAUUUUGCUAUUUGCACAUACUAGUUUUAGAUACAUCGGUGUGUCUGCUUAACAAUGAAGUUAUUAAUAUUUAUUAAUAUAUUUAACUGCUAUGAAAUACUCACAUUUUGUAUUGAUAGUGAGCGUUGUGCUUGUUGUAUUACAACCUUGAUCUUGAAUAAAAAAAAAGAAUUUUAAAUCA